CCCGAUCAUGGCAGCGAAUGAACCAAACCGAGACCUGAGCAGAGGGCACCAGUGGACAGCGAGAAUGCCCAAGGACGAGAGUGCGGAUAGUCCGCGGCUGAUGUGUGAAUUUUGUGGCUACCGCACUAGAAUCUACUGGAACCUGCAGAUCCACCGAAGGCGACACACCGGUGAAAAGCCCUUUAGUUGCGACAGGUGUCAAGCCAGCUUUGCGGCGAGGUACCAACUAAAUACACACUUGGAGCGCCACCAGGACAUCGGCGAGCGACGCCGGCGACACAUAUGCACCGACUGCAAUCUAGGAUUCUCCAGCUCUAGAGCUCUGUAUCACCAUCGUCCACUGCACGAGGAUGGGAAGCGAUUUAAGUGCUCGCAGUGUGAAAAGUCUUUUGCCCAGGCCGCAGGAUACGCCCAGCAUAAAAGGUGGCACCGGCAGAAGAGGCAGCGGGCGACAGAAGUAAAAAAGAAUGUGUAGUGACCCUUAAAUGUAGUUUUUGAAAUAAACAUUUUCCCAAAACCAAAUCGCGCCUUUUCAUUUAAAUUCCAUUGGUGGCGAGAGUGGGACCAAACGGUGUCAAGUCACAAGUUCAAAAGCUUUGAACUGGCGCCGUAUGGUCACACUCCUGUGGUGUUGUUUUUGAGACAACAGGUUUAUAAAAUCAGUUUUUCCCUUACAUUUCGAUUUUCGACGCUAUAAGGUGUAUUUAAGCAAGGAAAGUUUAAAAAAAAGAAAUCUAAUACUGAGGAUUAUUUCAUAUAAUAAACUUGUGGGUGUCAUAGGCAAAAAGAUGCAGAAAAAGUUAUUCGAAAGAUAAGAAGUAUAUUGUUAAAAUUUGUUUGAUAAACGACAUUACCGAUUAAAAAUGUCAAUUUGUUUUAAACUUAGCGCACUUUUGAAUCCUACUUUUGAAAGUAGGAUUUUUUAGUGGUUUUUGAAAGCUUGACGGUAGGGUUUGGUCGGAAAUCCGAUUCGGCCAUUUGGCAACACUGGAACAAAUCGCUAAAAGCAAAAAGACGCAAUUUAUUUAACGCACAUUCAGCAAAAAUCGAGAGAAAAACUCACAACGGGCAAUUGGCGGCGUCGGGAAGUGACAAAAACAGCUGUGGCGGUGGAAAGGGAACUAGAAAAGUAUCCGCGGAAAGUGCGAAAGGUCAGCGGAAGAAGCAGACGGCAAGGAGCGUAAAGUAAAAUAAAAAUUCUCAGUUGCUGCGGUGUGCGUGCGUGUGUGGAUCUAUCUGUCACUUUCUGGCGCGCACGAAAGAUAUACACAAAUCGAGAACGGUGGACA